CUCGUUGCCCUCUUCUCCUCCGCGCUGAUAUCUCCUCGUCUCUAUUUUUUCCCGUCAUUUUCCUCCUCGUUUCAUUGCGACGAACAAACGCUCUUACGGCGUUCCUUGCGGGAGAAUACCACCACGGCCAUCACCCCGCGCCGAGCGCGUUGAGCUAUAAUAGUCAUUCAUAAUGAGUCUUGCCAACCAGACCCAGUCUUUCCGCUUUUCCUCCUUCUCCUCCGCCUUCCAGGAACCAUCUGGCAGACCACAAGGCCCUCCAGAGUCUGCUGGCACCAGCAAGCCCGCUCGGACACAGCACCCGCCUGUCUUCGACGCGUGGACGUCGAACGGCGUGUCGCCGAGACGCAUCACCGAGGAAAUAGUAGAGGGCGACGACGGUGGUGAGGCAAAAUCUGUAACGUCUGCGCGCUCCCGACGCGUAGACGGCCACAAACGCGAAGAGAGUGAUCUGACAAUCGCAGGCACUAUCUCCAACCAGCUCACAUACGUCCCGCGCAGAGACAAGGCAUCUCAAGUACUUGGCAUCCCCCAUCGCGCCUCAAUGGAACCAGUCAGCGUCCACAAGCGCAAUUCUAUUAUGUCAACGCGUUCGGCAGGAAACAACCCCCCUUCUCCGUCUUUUACGCCUACUAUGCCUCUUGCUAGUCUUUACGUCGUCAGUGGUCUGCCGAAACGGCCGCAGACAUGGACGCUCGCAGACCCGGACGCGGUUAUGGGACUCACCCACUCCGACGGCGCAGUGGGCCGCUGGUGGAGAGCUGAGGUCCUCGGUAGCACCGUUAGUCCCGGUAUCGGGGGUGGAAAAAAGAAGAAAACGAUGAAGGGUACAGAGACUACAAAGGGCCCGGGUGCGCUGUCGAAGCAAGAGACAGCAAAAAUGUUGAGCAAGACUUUGAAGCUCUCCUUCACGCGCGAAGUCGAAAUUAUUGCUUCUACGCUACAACCCGCAUCAACUGUGCAUACGUUCACAUUCAACCUUCCCGCGCCUUCUACCCCUCUUGCGCCGCCUUCCACCCUCGGGUUUUCCGGACUCAGAAACUCAGUUUUGAGUUCGUCCACAACUGAUAACCGAUAUUCAAAUGCGCUCGCCUCGUAUGGUACAUUCCCGUACUCUUACGCUGAUACAAAUGCACGCCCUUCGUCGGCUUACCUGGGACCGAGCAGCGUCUCGGCGCUGGACACAAAUGUUGGUACUGCUGCAACUUCUCCGGACCUUGGUGGUGCAGGUACAGAGGGCCGUGGUGCUGGUAGCGUAACAUACCACGGUGUAUGCUUGACCGUCUGGUCGCAUGCCGACGCAGAGCGCAGUGCCGCCAUCCGCCGUACGUUGGAGACUGGUGGCCGAUCUCGCAAGGAAAGCGCACAGAGUGCGGUUGCGAAUCGCCUCAAGGCACUCCGCGCUGAUAUGGAUCCGGCGCAACUCGCGCGGCGUUCAGUCCGCAGCUCACGUAAAGGGCCAUGGAGCGUAGCAGAUGGCGAGACUGACGGAGAAUCCGAAGUUGGUGAUGCGAUUAGUGAGAGCGAGUUUGAGGUUGCGAGCUCGGCACAUGGACCGGGCGAAUCCACUCUUUUCUUGACAGGCGAUACCGUAUUCUGGCUGCCUUAUGCUUUGACUCUGGUUUCUAGACACCCGAUCUAUGACCUUAUGCGCGACUAUCUCACUCUUUCUUGGGCGCGUUUCAGUAAGGACGUCGCGUCGCACACUCUGCAAAUCUCCAAGAUAUUAUCCCAUCCUGCUCCGAGAGCGGGAGAGAUUGUCAGACUCGACGCGUCUCCCAAGGAGGGCGGGGAUAAAGGCGAUGGUAGUCUGGAGGUAGUCGCUCGUUUCCCUGGCGGUCUCGAUUUCGGAAGAGGCCUUGUUGAUAUCAAUUUCACUAUGUGGCCACUAUUUAAAUGCCUUAAUAUUGAUAAUAUUCUUAGUAUUUGCGAAAUUGCUCUUGCACCCACUGGGCGAAUUCUCUUCUUUUCUCGGCACCCUGCAAUGCUUGGAAUUGCAGUAGCAACUAUUAAAUAUCUAGUAGAGUUGCGUGGAUGGAACGGCAUUGCGCUUCCGGCUGUUCACGCUAGAGAUGCUCGAAUUUACAUCGAGGACCCUGGUCCGUGGAUCAUAGGUAUGGCAUCUGAGAUGCGAUAUGCCGUUCGACCUCCCGCGGAGGUUUGUGUUUGCGACCUUGACAUAAACUACCUUAACUGUGCUAGCCCUCCUCCUGGUUGUCUUUCUGCUAAACAGCAAAGGGACAGGUACAGGCAGAAACUCCUAGCGGCAUUCGGAGAAUACUAUCACCCCGAUCACUCGGUGCCUAUAGAAUUCAAGGAAGCCUUCCCUGGAGGACGUUUCCGCCCAAUUUGCAAGAUCCAGGCAAAGAGGGGUGCUUCGUCGUCUGUGAUCGCGGAGAGCGUGAAAGCUCCGGAGUGGUGGCAUUCUACGAAGAUUAUACAGGCUUUCGAUCAAGUCUUGCAGGAUAAGUUCAAGAAGCCCUCACUCUUCAAGCGUAUCUCCUCCUUCGGUCAAUACAAACGUCCUCUGCGCCUGAGCGGCGCCGAACAGCAAGUACAAAACUCAAUACGCAAACGCGCCACUGCGUUCGUCGAUGCGCGGGACGACCUUGAGACGAAGAUUGGUCGUCUUUCGAGGCGUCUCAACUUCUUGAUGACGGAAUCUGAUUUGUGGCGUGAUAAGUUUGUGUCGUUCGAACAGUUUGCGGAGAAGUUGAGCAAUGAGGCGACGGAUUUGAGGACGAAGAUUAAUAAGGAGCAGAGGGAGAGUAAGCGCUUGACGGGGUUGGUGUCGCUUACUGCGGCGGAGAAGAAUAAACUGGAGAGCCAACUUCGUGAGACGGAAGCAGCUCACAGAGACGCCAGGAUCGAACUUGAGAACAUGCGCUUGGCAAUGGAGAAGAUGGAAGAAGAACGUACAGAGCUCGUUCACGAAGUCGAACUACAGAUCGAACGUGCCCUCCAAUCAAUGUCCAUGUCUGUCGAAAUGACCGACUCCGAAGAAGAUGGGUCACAGCUUGACGGGAACGAAGAUGGCUCGUCGCGUUCUCCUUCCAAAGCAGGAUCAAGACGUUCGAGCAACGCUACGCGUUCUCCACUUCGCACGCAGAGCAUUGACUCAGCUACGCUUGCGGGUACGGCUGAGAAUGAGGAGAUUACCAAGCACUCGAUGGAGACGACGACGAUUACAGAGGAAGAGGAGGAACAGCAGGCGGCGUCGACGGGUAUGAAUAUUGAUGCUACUGCGCCGCCUGUGGAUCGAUCGCAGGAUGCUAUGGUUGCUGUUGAUGAGGGAAUACACUCGAAUACUGAUCGGAUUACGCAAUCUAUGCUUCAGAUUCAACAGAAGCUCGAAGCUUUGGCUCAUCCUCGUGUGGCACAAUGGCGUCCUUCACUGGACAGUGAGACUGAGGGCAGUGAUAGCGGAAAGACAAAGAAACGUCGUUCAAUCGGGUACGAAAGCGGUACGAACACGAAUAGAUCAAGAAGUAAUACCGUUUCCUCGUCACAAACGACUACGCGUGCCAGCAAGGUUAAAGCAUCUGCAGCAAAACGGGACAAAUCUAUGACUCCCAAGGCCGCCGAGUCACCUGCCAAGAUCCCACAGGCUAUGCCGAAAGAUAAGCAGGACCAGGACCAAAAUCAGAAACAUGGCCAGGAGGAGCCUUUGGAAACUAUCGCGCAGGAGACUAGUCCUGUUUCCCCCGCCACGCUCAGUCCAGCAAUAUCGAACGUUCCUACAACGCCCUCGGUUACGGUCGCGCCCACAGAAGACUCCGAUACGGACUUCCAGAGUGCAUAUUCUGCAAGCCCACGGGAGAGUUACUGCAGUCAUGAAGACAAUGCACCCCACAAGAACGUGGGCAAUUCAAGGAAGAACGCAUUGUCAGCUGAGUUCGUCAAUGACGACGACGACAUUGUUUUGAAAGAACCAUCCUCCCUCACGAGCCGUAUGAGGGACAGAGCGUCUAGUGGUGCUACGGCAAAGGCCUCCGGCGGGCGUGUGUUUAUUUCUCAUUCAGAGCACAUCUGAGUUUCUUUCUCUGUUCGCUCUAUUCAUUCAUUUUACAUUAUUUUAUCGCUUUUUUAUACCACCAAUGUACAAAAAAACAGCUGGCUCCACCAAGCAGUCAAGCAGUCUUGUCUACCCCCC